CCCGCUGCGACUCUGCCGACGUCAUCACGCAGGGCCGAGGCGGCGCGGCCUCGUCCUUUAAAUGCCGCCUUCUCGGGGAGCGCGCGCGACAGUGAGAAGCCUGGGGUGGGAGCGUGUGUGCAGUGGGGUCUGCGGCCGAGGCCUGAGCCGCCGCGGACCAUGAGAUCUGGAGGGAUUUCUGCCUCUUUUGGAGCUUUGGCUGUGAGCUGACUUGUGGGCUAGAAGUGAAGCGGAAAUCUAUAAAGAUGAGCUCCAACAUGACCAUGAGCGAACCAAUACUGAACUGGGACGAUUCCCCAAAAAAUGGCCUAAAGACGUUUUUCUCUCGGGAAAAUUACAAAGAUCAUUCGAUGGCUCCAAGUUUGAAAGAACUAUGUAUCUUGUCUAGCAGACGUGUAGGAGAAAAUUUGAAUGCCUCAGCAAGUUCUGUAGAAAAUGAGCCGGCAGUUAGUUCAGCAACUCAAGCAAAGGAAAAAGUUAAAACCACAGUUGGAAUGGUUCUUCUUCCAAAACCAAGAGUUCCUUAUCCUCGUUUCUCUCGUUUCUCACAGAGAGAGCAGAGGAGUUAUGUGGACUUGUUGGUUAAAUACGCAAAUAUUCCUCCAAAUUCCAAAGCUGUUGGAAUAAAUAAAAGUGACUACUUGCAGUACCUGGAUAUGAAAAAACAUGUGAGUGAAGAAGUUACUGAAUUCCUAAAGUUUUUGCAGAAUUCUGCAAAGAAAUGUGCACAGGAUUAUAAUAUGCUUUCUGAUGAUGCCCGUCACUUUACUGAGCAAAUUUUAAGAGCUUGCAUUGAACAAGUGAAAAAGUAUCCAGAGCUUUAUACCCUCCAUGAAGUUACCAGCUUAAUGGGGUUCUUCCCAUUCAGUAUAGAAAUGGGGUUGAAGUUAGAAAAAACUCUUCUUGUGUUGGGCAGUGUAAAAUAUGUGAAAACAGUAUUUCCCUCCAUGCCUGCAAAGUUGCAGCUCUCAAAAGAUGAUCCUACGAUUCAAACACCAGAACAAACAGCCGAAGCUAUGCAUUAUGAUAUUAGUAAAGAUCCAAAUGCGGAGAAACUUGUUGCAAGAUACCAACCUCAGAUAGCUUUAACGAGUCGAUCAUUGUUUACUUUAUUAAAUAACCAUGGACCGGACUACAAGGAGCAAUGGGAAAUUCCAGUGUGUAUUCAAGUUAUACCUGUUGCAGGGUCAAAACCAGUUAAAGUAAUUUAUAUCAAUUCACCACUUCCCCGAAAGAAAAUGACAAUGAGAGAGAGAAAUCAAAUGUUCCAUGAAGUUCCAUUAAAAUGCAUGAUGUCCAAAAACACAUCUGUUCCAGUCUCUGCAGUAUUUAUGGACAAACCUGAAGAGUAUAUAUCUGAAAUAGACGUGUCCUAUGAAGUUAAUGAGUGCCGAAAAAUUGAGACUCUUGAAAAUUUGGAUCUGGGUUUUGAUGAUGAUGUUACAGAACUUGAAACUUUUGGAGUAACCACCAGCAAAUCAUCAAAAUCACCAAGUCCAGCAAAUACUCCCACAGCCCCCAAAGCAGCAACUAAACCUGUGGCUCCACUUGUACCAGAUAUUCAAGCUAAUUCCAGAAGUUUAUCUCAGAUUCUAAUGGAACAACUGCAGAAGGAGAAACAACUAGUUACCAGUGUGGAUGGCAGCCCAGAGGAGUGCAAAAGUAAAGAUGACCAGGGAUUUGCAGUUUGUGGUGACAACUUAAGAAAUUCUGAGAAGUCUUUGCUGCAUGAUAGUGACUUGAAAACGUCUGAUGCCUCACAACUAGAAUGUUGUAAGGAAACUGAAAGCUCUAAUAAAAGUGAUAUGCAUGCUGAGAGUGACAGACUGAAUGUUCUAGCAAAUGCAGGUAAUUUAAAGGAAAAGCCAUCAGAAGCAGCUGAAACUGAAAAUGAAAAUCUUUGCAGUAGCGAUACAGAUGAGGACUGUUUAAUCAUCGAUACUGAGUGUGAGAAUAACAAUACUGUAAAGACAGCUGUUGUGGAUUCUAAUUUAAAUACUAGACCAGCUAGCCCAAAUUCUGCCUCAGGACCAGCUGCUGUAGCAAACCAGACCAAUUCUACCUGUAGUCCUGAAGAGUCCUGUAUUUUAAAGAAACCUAUCAAACGAGUAUAUAAAAAAUUUGAUCCCGUUGGAGAGAUUUUAAAAAUGCAGGAUGAGCUCUUAAAGCCUAUUUCUAAAAAAGUACCUGAAAUGCCCUUAAUUAAUUUGGAGAGCUCUAAACAGCCAAUUUCUGAGCAAUCUUCAACUCCUCUAGAUGCCUCUAGUUGGCCAAAAGCUGGAUGGACUUCUGCAUUUCAAAAGCCAAAAGGACGGUUGCCGUAUGAACUUCAAGACCAUGUUGAAGAUACAUCGGAAUAUCUAGCUCCCCAGGAAGGAAAUUUUGUUUAUAAGUUAUUUAGCCUGCAAGACCUGUUGUUACUUGUGCGUUGCAGUGUCCAGAGAAUAGAGACAAGACCACGUUCUAAAAAACGGAAGAAAAUCAGAAGACAAUUUCCAGUUUUUGUACUACCAAAAGUAGAAUAUCAAGGUUGUUAUGGAGUUGAAGCUCUGACUGAAAGUGAACUUUGUCGCUUAUGGACUGAAAGUUUAUUGCAUUCCAACUGCUCGUUUUAUGUUGGACAUAUUGAUGCAUUUACUUCAAAACUUUUCCUGCUGGAGGAAAUUACCUCAGAAGAAUUAAAAGAAAAACUGUCAGCACUCAAGAUUUCAAGUUUACUUAACAUUCUCCAACACAUUCUAAAGAAAUUAAGUAGUUUGCAGGAGGGUUCCUACUUGUUAUCUCAUGCUGCAGAAGAUUCUUCACUCCUGAUCUACAAAGCUUCUGAUGGAACACUUACUAGGACGGCAUACAAUUUACAUAAAACUCACUGCGACCUCCCUGGUGUACCUUCCAGCCUCUCAGUUCCCUGGGUCCCAUUAGAUCCCAGUCUCUUAUUACCGUAUCAUAUUUAUCACGGAAGAAUACCUUGUACCUUUCCACCUAAAUCACUGGGUCCCACAACACAGCCAAAGAUUGGAGGAACAAGAAUGCCUACCCGUAGCCGCAGGAAUCCAGUUUCCAUGGAAACCAAAAGCAGUUGUUUGCCUGCUCAGCAAGUUGAAAAUGAAGGAAUGGCUUCAAAUAAAAGAAAAAUAACUUGAGGGACCAUACCAUGGAAAAUGAAAUUUUGAAAACCAGUUGUAACAAUGCUUAAUUUUGAAAAGUUUGAGGGGAAAUAGGCCUAAAAGAUCAGUAAGCAAGAGGAAAUUUUUCCUUUAAUAUCUUCAAGUUGUUGGAGUGCCUUGAAAAAUUAUGCUGGAAUGUGUCAAAUAAUGCAGUGUUCUACCCUUUACCCUGUUGUUUGAAGAGAAUAGAGAUGUAUGUUAAAGCAGACAUGACAGGGAAGUACAUAAAGAAGGGAAAUAUUUUUACAUUAGAUCUUUUCCAAAAAUUGUAAAUAAGAAAAUAACUUGCUUCUUUGAGAAUAAUAUUUAUCAUUGUGUAUUAUGUUAAUAAUUAAAAUCAUAUUGCCAGUGUUCACAUUGGCUCAGAGGAUUAAAUACUGCCACAUCAGAGGCAGUUAUGAGCUUUGUCAAUAUUAUUUCUGAAUUGUUUGAACAGUUUUUGUAUGCUACUUUAAAAUGAUAAUUAUUGCAGGCUAAUAAAGUUAAUACUUUAAAAAUCUUGGUGAAAUUCUGUUAAGCAAAAAAUAAAAAUAAGAAACUCCCUGCCUCUGAAGGCACAAGUUAAUA